AUGGUUGCUACUGCAAUUUCUAUAACAACUGCUUCUCUAGCAUGUGGACGUGGGCGUCCAAUUACGUUCGCUUCUCUAAGGGUGCCCUAUUCAUCUCAGGCCUUUGUAGACAACGCAUUUAGAGCUUUCUUGAUAUCGUAUAUCCAGUUCAUUUGGGACAAGUCAUCUCUCCGAAAAGCUGCAGCCUUUGCAAAUGCCUUUGAAGGCGUAACAAUGUUUACGUCUAUUGUCCUCGACCACAUCGCAGCUGAUCGCAUAGGCCGGUUCAAACUCCUCGUUUGCACUGUUCCAGCUUUGAUCAUCGCAUUACUGGUAUUAUGGCUUUCUAGUUGGCUUCUUGCUUCACAUGUCAGCAAUAUUAUAUUUUACGUAGCAUUAACGUUAUUUAUGCUAGGCACAGCGGGACAAGAUGCUUCGUUGAAACCAUUUCUCUGUGACCAGUUUCUUGCGACUAUGGACAUUGAUGAGAUUGAGAUAAUGGAAGAUCAGUUUUCCCAAAAACAACAUAUGGAGAAAUAUGAGGAUACACUUAGAAUUCGUGCUAAUUUUUGGAAUUAUAUUGCAGUGUUUCUAGGAACGGUCGUAUCUUCAACAUUUGCAUCAAGCCUUGAAUGGGAUGAAACCUUCAAGGUUUCACUAAUAGUCGUCGUGGUGGCUUAUUUAGCUUUCUGCUCUGGCAAGUGCUGCUAUGACCAUGAAGAUCCAGCAAGAAAGACGGUUGCUGAACGAAUGAAUCAAGCAAAGCCCCUAGUAAAAUUGCUACCUCUUUGGAUAACAUUCAUCGUUUAUAGUCUAGUGGAGGCAACGGGAUACACUCUGUUUAUAGAACAAAGUGAGAAUCUAGAUGAUCGGAUUGAUCUUAGAAUUCCUAUACAUUCAUUCAAUAGGAUUCCUUUAACUUCAUUCUAUGUGCUUCAAAGCUUUACAACCUUCAUCAUAUCAUUAUUGUGCGAUUUUCUAAUAAUAAAAUUCUGGAGUAGUGAAGAAAGCAUUCAACAUCGUGCCAGGUUUGUCAGAAUUGGUAUUGGAAUGUUCUUUGCUAUUGGGUGCUGCAUAACUGCUUGGAGAGUGGAGGUUCGUAGAUUAGGUUCAAUCAGCGAAUUUGAAAAUGAGAUUGGCCAAAGAAUAUCAGAAGGUGACAGAAUUCCCAUGACAAUCGUAUGGUUGGCUCCUCAAUUUUUCUUAUUAGGAGUUGUGAAAGGAAUCUUGGGGAAGGGACUAAGGCAUUUGUUUUAUGACAGAGUACCAGUUUCGAUGUGGGUUCUUGAGUAUUUAUUUAAUGGAGGCAUGCUGGGUUUUGGAAGAUUCGUUAGUGUGUUAUCAUUAUUGUUUGCUCGACCUUGGAUUGGCGACACCAUAAACGAAAGUCAAGCUGACAAGUACUUGCUAAUGUUAGCCGUUUUAAAUAUUUUUAUCAUGUUUGUAUACAUUUUUCUUACCUAUAGGUAUGAUUGGAAUGUAAUAGUACCGAAGAGCGGAUCCCACGUGAGCAUGGAAAUGGUUGCUAGCUCCACGGAAUUAAUAACUGCAUCCUCCUCGGUGCCUUUAGCCUUGGGGACAAAUUCCAAGUCUCCUAGUAAAUCAUUGAGCAAUCUAGAGUCCCGUUCAGUGGAAAAGUAGUCGUUCAACGCCUUUAUUCGUGGCCCUAGAUUAGAUAUGCAUAAUCUGUAUGUGUCGUACAUAUCAUCAACA